UUCAUUAUUUCGCUUUGAACACCGUGUUUAACUCCGUAGAGGUAGAGGUAACAUCAAGUCUCGCGUUACAAGUAAAAUCGCGAGACCUUGUUGCUCCGCGCUGUCAGUGCUGCAAAUUGGAAGUUGAACUUGCUUACAGGAUCACAGAACCAUGCCUGAACAGAGCGGUAAGGUCCAGACGGUGCUGGGUCUAAUAGAGCCUGAUCUCCUGGGCCGCACCAUGACCCACGAACACCUUACAAUGACGUUUGAGUGCAGCCAUGUUCCCCCAGCACCUGGAGACGAGGGCCUUGCAGCUGCUCCCAUUGAGAUGAAGCACCUUCACUGGUUGCAGCAGAACCCGUACAGCCACCAUGAGAACCUGCUGUUGAGUCAGGAGAUCGAGGCGGUGAAGGAAGAGCUGUUGUGUUACCGCAAAGCAGGAGGAGGAUCCAUAGUGGAGAACACUACCACAGGCAUCACCCGAAAUCUGCCCGUUUUGCGGCAGCUGGCCAAAGAGACGGGUGUGCAUAUCAUUGCUGGAGCGGGGUACUAUGUGGACGUGACCCACUCUGAUGAGACAAGAAAAAUGACCGUUGAGAAGCUAACUGAUAUCAUUGUCAAUGAGGUGCUCCAUGGCGCAGACGGUACAGAUAUCCGUUGUGGUGUGAUUGGAGAGAUCGGUACGAGCUGGCCAAUCACAGAGAGCGAGAAGAAGGUCCUGCGAGCCACCGCUCACGCUCAGACUCAGCUCGGCUGCCCAGUUAUCAUCCACCCCGGACGAAACAAAGCCGCUCCUGGAGAGGCCAUCCGCAUUCUGCAAGAAGCAGGGGGAGAUAUCUCCAAAACAGUCAUGUCUCAUCUUGACAGGAGCAUUUAUGAUCCGCAAGAAUUGCUGGAGUUUGCAAAGAUGGGGAGCUACCUUGAAUAUGACCUCUUUGGCACAGAGGUGCUGAAUUAUCAGUUUAACCUUGAUGUUGACAUGCUCAGCGACAGCCAGAGAGUUCAGACCUUGGCUUUCCUGAUCAGAGAAGGUUAUGAAGACAGACUCCUCAUUGCCCAUGAUAUCCACACCAAGCACCGACUGACCAAGUAUGGCGGUCAUGGCUUCUCCCACAUCCUGAAGAAUAUUGUUCCCAAAAUGCUGUCUCGAGGCAUCACUCAGAACCAGGUGGAUAAAAUACUGAUAGAGAAUCCUAAACAAUGGCUGACAUUUAAAUAAACCAACCGCCUUAAAAGUCGAUUUCCUUCCUCAAGUUAACAUAACAAAAAUUGAUUUAAAUUUUUAUUGUUAGGAACAUUGUUGUACUGUUGAUUUUGGUGCUAAAAUCCUUACUUUGGUGAGCAUUAAUUCAUGUGCACUGUUAAAAAUGAAGGUUUCAAUUGAGGGUUUUUGUAGAAACACAAUAGAAGAGCAAUUAUGGGAUCCCCAAAGAACCUUUCAAUAAAAAAAAAAAAAUGGUUUUCUUCAUGGGACCAUUGAUGCCAAGAAAAAACUUUUAAUUAAAAUGGUAAAGUUGAGACCCAUAGCUCACAUGUCAAGUUUAACACUAACUGGAAUAUUCAAAUCAAAUAUUCACCAGUCUUCAAUGAUCAACGCUCUCUCAGCACAAACAAGUGGGUAAAAUAAAAACAUGACUCUAAGUCAUGGAAAAUAGGUGCUUUUGACUUAAAUUGGAUGAACUAGCAAAGAAAAUAUUAGUAAUUACACUAAAGGAAUCACAGCUCAGGGAAUCACAAGUGGAACAGUACUAGUGUAUUCAAAGGUCUGAUGAAAUAUCCUAAAUACAUCGUAAGCUACUUUUAAGAAGAUGGCAUGUUAAUUAAUCUUUUUUUAAUCCCAUUUCCUUUUUUUUCCUCGAGGAUGAAAAACUGAUUUCCGUUUUUUAGUUUAUAGAUCUAGGACUACCAUUUUACUGUCAUAUGUAUUUAGUUUAGUGCUUUUAAAGGAAUAGCAACAUAUUAUAAAUGCACUUGAGGUAAUCAAGUGAAGGAUAUUUCAUAGUUGCAUUUGUUGAUUGCUGUACUGCACUAUUUACAUAGAGCUUUUAGUUUUAUAGCAAACUUAUACACGCAUGCAAAUCAUACAAUAUAUUUUAUUCACAAUUAUUUGAUGACACUGCACAUACCAGACAGUGGUAAUAUUUUUAAAUGAUGACAUUUAUAUAAAACGGUACAGAACUGUGGUUUGAAUGUGACAAUUUGUGCAUGAGGAAUGAGAAAUGAUUCAGAAAUGUAAUCUGAACUAUAUUUCCGGGCUAAUGGCGUGUGCUCUGUAACAACUUCUUCUGAUCCGCCAUGUGUCAGUGUAAGGUAGGCACAUAUGGAAUGGAAUGAUGUCAAAUGAUUUUCUGCUUUCACUGCCAGUUAAUCUCUCAAUAAAUAUACUGCAAUAAU